AUGAAGACAGUCGCCGAAGGGGACCAUAACGACAAUGAAGUUGUGCUUUCUGGGAACCAGAGCUUGCUUCCUUUCACUUUUGAACCUCUCCCUCUCGGCUCCAUAAGACCAUCAGGAUGGUUGCGAGAUCAAUUACAGCUGAUGGCUGAUGGCCUCCCUGGACACGAACGCGACUUCUAUUUUCUGGUCAAAGAUAAUCGGUGGCUGGGAGGUGACUCAGAAUAUAGUCCAUUGAACGAAGCAUUUCCUUACUGGUUCUACGGCCUCGUACCCUUGGCUUACGGAUUGAACGAUCAACGGUUGAAGGCACAAGUUCCUGGAGCCGCGUACUACGUCAUUUCUCAUCAGCAGCACGAUGGUUGGCUUGGACCUGAGACGGAUGUGAAGAGCCGGAAUUUCUGGGGAAGAUAUCCAGUGUUUCUAGGAUUGAUACAAUUGGUUGAAGCAGAACAAGGGACGACGCACGCUGGGACAAUUGUUACCGCCAUGCAUAGUUUUGUCAACUUGAUGCAUUCAAUGCUCUCAAAUGACUACCAAGGCUACGUUUGGCACCCUGGCGAUACAUUUGACGAGCAGUGGGGACGAUCCCGAGUUGCUGACAUGGUCCUUGCUCUUCAAUGGCUGUACGAAAAGUAUCCUGAAGGUAAUGAACGGAACAUAUCUGCAUGUAUGCGACGCUUCUACGAACAGGCAUAUGACUGGUCCUACUGGUAUAGCCGGGAGGAUUAUAUUAAGCCGGAUCUAGACACGCUUCCUGCGGAAUUAACGAACUCAUUGUUCCCGUACAUCCACGUGGUUAAUGCCGGCCAAGGUCUGAAAUCUGGUGCGGUCUUUCGGAGGCUGACCAAGAACGACGAGCUUCUUAACAGUACUCGCAAAGGGGUCAACCUUACCUUCACUUACCACGGCACGCCAUCUGGAAGCAUUGUUGGUGAUGAGCGGCUGUCCGGUCUUAGCCCCGUCAGAGGCACUGAGCUUUGUGCGGUAGUCGAGAUAAUGUUCUCGAUGAGCUAUCUUUACCAAACAAUGGGCGACAAUGAUUUUGCUGAUAAAUGCGAACGUGCCGCUUAUAACGCUUUGCCCGUCAUGGCUACUGCCGAUUGGUGGGCUCACCAGUAUGUCGCUCAGACCAAUCAGCCUAUCUCCCACGAACUCUCCAAGUCACCGUUCUGGAACGUUAACAAUCUUGGCCAGACCUACGGCACGGAACCAAACUAUCCUUGCUGUACUGUCAAUCAUCCUCAGGGCUACCCAAAGUUUCUGUCGGCCUCUUUUGUUCGUGUUGGUGAUUCUGGUCUAGCUCAUGCUCUUCUUGGGCCAUCAGAAGUCAGGGCAACCACUAGUCUAGGAGCCAGGGUCCAGAUUAUCUGCGAAACCAACUACCCUUUCAACUACGUCCUGUACUACACGAUUGAGGCGGAUAAGGACUUUGCCUUCUCAAUUCGGGUUCCAUCCUGGGCGAUCCGGAACAAAUCCACUGUCUCGAUCAAUGGCGCAUCUCCCUAUACCGUUAGCCCAGAUCUUUACACGGGAAUGCACACCAUGGAUAUUCCGGCUGGAAAUACCAUUGUGAUCUAUGAGCUUGCUGCGGAUAUCAGGGUUGACAACAGAGCCAACGAUACGGUCGCUGUAUAUCACGGAGCCCUACAGUAUGCCGUAUCAGUUGCUGGUGAGUACUCACCGCGACCACCACAAAAUUAUCCUGAAGGUUCUGGAGCACCGCCCGAGGCACGAGAUUGGACGAUUACACCAAUCUCGACGUGGGCUGUCGCUAUCGACCCUUCUUCGCUGCAAUUCGUGUCUAACAGUAGUCAUGAUGAGCAACUGCCAAAUCCGGUGUUUGCCGAGAAUGCUCCGCCGGUGGCCAUAUCAGCCCUAGUAUGCGAGAUUGAAUGGGAUUGGACGGACGGCUACGCCACAAACCCUCCCAAAGCUGGGCAACGGAAUUGCACUGGACAACCUUUCACAAUUAUGAUGAAACCAUACGGCGCUGCCAAACUUCACAUGGCAGAAUUGCCGACUGUUGAUCUCUCUCCCAACCCUGGCGUACCUAAAAUGUCAAUUUGUACGUAG